CUAAUUACUCUCUUCUAAUGACUAAGGAUGCUAUGGAGCCAGAUGGCUUUAAUGGCUGGGACCUGAGUAGAAAUGCAAGUGAUGCUUAAGGUGGAGAACUGGUGAUGCUGGAGCCAAGAGGAGCCAGCUCCUCAGAUUCAUUCACAGGUACUGAGCCCUUACCAAGUGCCAGGAGGCGGGCUGGCACUGGGAGGGGAAAGCAGAAAACAAUCAGACACUGGCCCCACCUUAAAGGAACUCAGCGUAGGAGGGGAGAUGAGGCCUGUAUAGAAACCUCGGUAAUAUAUACAGAGAGGAAAGUAAGAUGGGGUCUAAGAGAGCUUCAUUUACUCUUCUCUUCAAUUAAAUUAUUCAUUCAGUCACUCGGGCACAGUCUUCAGUGCUUUGGAUAUAAAGACAAGGGAAACUGAUCUGUAUCCCUGGAAACUACCAUCCUAAUACCUAACCUGAGUCACCCGGGGAGUUUUUCAAAAUAUAAUUCCCCAGUCCACAGCCCAGACAUUCUGAACCUGAGUCGGCAAGUGGCACCCAAGAAAUCUAAGUCUCCUACUCUAGGUGUUCUCCAGGUUCAGAUAGGACAACAAGUAAAGGGAGCUCAGAGGAAGGAGAGCCAGAAGUAAGGAGAAAGACUUCAAGGCCCACCUCUCCCAGGAAGCCCUCCCUGACCAGCUCAGCAUGCUGGUCUUCAUGUCCUCUGACCCUAACCCCCACUGCACGUCCUCUGUGAUUUUUCUGGGAAACAGGGAGGGUUAGUCCCCUUGGUUCUUGGGUGGGUCUUUCCUCUAAAGCUGAGUGCUCCUAGGUUCCAAGGUCAUUGUGACGAGGAUUCCAGGGGCUUUGUGACACGUGCUGGCUGGCUCUGUUCAAGUAUGGGAGGUCAGAAGAGGCCCAGUUCCUCCUGGAAAUGAAACUUAUCCCCCAAAAGGAAGACUGCCUUCCCCUGCUUCAUUAAAGCAUCAUUUAGAGCUUCAAGUGAGAUCUGGUCAGAGGUCGCUUUGAAGAAGGCCAGCAGGGGCCAUGACCACCCUCUCUCCCGAAAACAGCCUUUCUGCCAGGCAGUCGGCCUCCUUCAUCCUGGUGAAGAGAAAACCACCCAUUGACAAGACAGAAUGGGAUGGCUUCUUUGACGAGAAUGGUCACUUGGCCAAGUCACGAGACUUCAUUUGCGUUAAUAUCCUGGAAAGGGGUCUGCACCCCUUCGUGAGGACGGAAGCCUGGAAGUUCCUCACAGGCUACUACUCGUGGCAGAGUUCCCAGGAUGAGCGGCUCACAGUGGACAGCACGAGGAGGAAGAACUACGAGGCCUUAUGCCAGAUGUACGAGAAGAUUCAGCCCCUUCUGGAAAACCUGCACCGGAACUUCACAGAGACCCGGAACAAUAUCACAUAUGACAUCCAGAAACUCUAUGACAAAGACCCCCUGGGCAAUGUCCUUAUUGAUAAGAAGAGGCUGGAGAAGAUCCUGCUCCUGAGUUAUGUCUGCAACACCGAAGCAGAGUACCAGCAGGGCUUCCAUGAUAUGGUGAUGCUCUUCCACCUGAUGGUAGAACAUGACCAUGAGACCUUCUGGCUUUUCCAGUUCUUUCUGCAGAAAACGGAGCACAGCUGUGUCAUCAACAUCGGGGUGGGCAAGAACCUCGACAUGCUCAACAUCCUGAUCAACUUCCUGGACCCUGUGUUCUCUGAUCACUUAAAAGGCAAGGGUGCUGGGGCCGUGCAGUCCCUCUUCCCCUGGUUCUGCCUCUGCUUUCAACACGCCUUCAAGUCCUUUGAUGACGUCUGGAGGCUCUGGGAGGUACUGCUGACAGGGAAGCCCUGCAGGAACUCCCAGGUGCUGGUGGCCUACAGCAUGCUGCAGAUGGUGCGUGAGCAGGUGCUGCAGGAAAGCAUGACGGGCGAUGACAUCCUCCUGGCCUGCAACAACCUUAUCGACCUUGAUGCUGAUGAGCUGAUCUCCGCUGCCUGCAUAGUUUAUGCUGAGCUCAUCCAAAAGGAUGUCCCUCAGCCAUUAAAGGAUUUCCUUCUCUGAGGACACUCACAAUGGAUAGACGCCCUCAAUGGACAGGACCAGACGAGAUCCUGAUGAGGUCAGGAUCAGGUCCAAUGGGGCAUUCGGGUGAGUGCAUAGGUAAUACAGCUGCAAGGAAACCGCCUUCUGGAGUCACAGUUUGUGGUGAGCAGUGUGUCUCCUGGGGGGUGGGGGGUGGGGCGUGUAAGGGCAGAGACAGGAUUGUUUAACAAGAAGAGAGAAUGCCAGGGCUAGAGAGCGGGCAUAUCCUGGGAAGAGAUUGUUCUGGUCAGCAAUUCCUUGGUGGCUGAGGAUUUUCCAAGGCGGCAGUGCUUUUGCACCGGAAAGGAAAGGGUUAAGGGGGAAUCAACUUUUGGAGGCAGCGGCUCUAAUAGGCUUGCUCACUCCCUGGGGCUCAGUCCUGGGAGGAAGGCCUGACCCCAGGGCUCCCCCUCCAUUGCUCCCCUUACUCCCAACACAUCAGUCACGCAUGAAUAUGUUUUUCCUGGGCUUCCCAUCAGUCUGUGGGAGGAAUAGACGCCGGCUGGCAAGUGACUCCCCUCAUGGUUUCAAAGCCCCCUCGCAAGUGCAUCUUCAUGCUCAGCCUGGAAGGCCAGCUCAAACUAAACUCGAUUUUUCAGCCUUAAUUUCUCCCUGGAGCAGAGGCUCCUGCUGCCCGUUGUCCCCAGACUGCGCCCCAGCCCCGAGCCCCCACCCCCAUCCUGCCCAUGCCCU